UUUGCCAGCCAUCACUUCCGCAAACAUGAACAUGGUAGAAUGUUGUUAGUUUGGGUUUUGCUGUAUGAGACAUGGAUAAAGAAAUGUUGAGUAUUUUACAAGAAGCUGAUAGCGAAUUCCACAGACAGCAUUUCAAAGAAGCAGAACGCUUAUACUCGCAGUUUAUCACGGCCUGUGCCGAGAGCAGGGACUGCAGUACAGAUGAUCUUGCUGUUGCAUACAACAACAGAGGACAGGUGAAGUACCUGAGAGUAGACUUCUAUGACGCCAUGGAAGAUUAUACUUCAGCCAUCCGGGCAAAAAAAGAUUUUGCGAUACCUUACUACAACAGAGGUCUGAUACGGUAUAGGCUAGGUUUUUUUGAGGAUGCAGAGAGAGACUUCAGGAAGGCACUGAAUCUGAAUCCUAGCUUUGAAGAUGCAAAAAUGAGUUUAACACAGACCACAACAGAUAAAGAAAACAAGUUAAGGCGGGGAUAUUAAAAGGCUUUUCAAAUGACAAAUAAACUGAUUUAAUAUGUAAUGUGAUUAAAGUACUGCUGCACAGUAAAUAAUUUACUUCAA